AUGAAGAAAUCACCAUUGCCGAUGCAAAGUACACGUGGGUCUGAGAAGCAGAGAAUUGGGAAGGAGGCCCUGGUAAAGCUCCUCAGGUGGCAUUUUGGGCAUUCUGAGUUCCGUGGAAAACAAUUGGAAGCUAUUGAAGCAGUACUCUCAGGAAAGGAUUGUUUCUGUCUAAUGCCAACUGGUGGUGGUAAAUCCAUGUGUUAUCAGAUCCCCGCUCUUGCGAAAACCGGCAUUGUGCUCGUUGUUAGCCCUUUGAUAGCUCUCAUGGAAAAUCAAGUGAUGGUAUUGAAAGAAAAAGGCAUAGCAGCUGAAUAUCUUUCUUCAACCCAGACUGCACUAGUUAAAAACAAGAUUUAUGAAGACCUUGAAUCAGGGAAACCAUGCGUAAGAUUGUUGUAUGUCACCCCAGAACUCAUUGCCACUCCCGGAUUUACAUCAAAGUUAACCAAGCUCCAUGGAAGAGGAUUGUUGAAUCUUGUUGCCAUCGAUGAGGCACAUUGCAUUUCAACGUGGGGCCAUGACUUCAGGCCUAGCUACCGAAAACUUUCUUCUCUGAGGAACCACUUGCCUGGUGUACCUUUGCUAGCCUUGACAGCAACUGCGGCUCCAAAAGUUCAGAAGGAUGUGAUAGAGUCUUUGUCCUUGCAUAAUCCCUUGGUGCUGAAGUCAUCUUUCAACCGCCCAAAUAUCUAUUACGAAGUUCGAUACAAGGACCUUAUGGAUGACCCAUAUGCUGAUUUGGGCAAUUUACUGAGAUCAUGUGGAGAAAUCUGUGCGAUUGUGUACUGCCUUGAACGUACAACUUGCGAUGACCUGGCUUCUCAUCUUUCAAGUUGUGGAGUUUCUUGUGCUGCUUACCAUGCCGGGUUGAACAAUAAGUUGAGGAGCUCCGUCUUGGAUGACUGGAUUUCAGCAAAAACACAAGUUGUUGUAGCAACUGUGGCCUUUGGGAUGGGGAUAGAUAGAAAGGAUGUCCGUAUGGUUUGCCAUUUCAAUAUUCCCAAAUCCAUGGAGGCAUUCUACCAGGAGUCAGGUAGAGCAGGUCGUGAUCAGUUGCCAUCCAGAAGUGUCUUGUAUUAUGGAGUAAAUGACAGGAAGAAGAUGGAAUUUAUUUUGGGCAAUGCUAAGAACAAGAAGUCGCAAUCCUCCAGCGUGCGGGAUGCAAACUCAAAAAAGUCCCUUGCAGACUUUAGGCAGAUGGUUGAAUAUUGUGAAGAGUCUGGUUGCCGUAGGAAGAAGAUCCUUGAGAGUUUUGGAGAACAGGUAUCUUCAUCGUUAUGUGGAAAAACCUGUGAUGCUUGCAAACAUCCUAACUUAGUUGCAAAGUAUCUGGAGGAGCUUACAAGUGCUUGCGCAUUCAGAAAUCAAUCCUCCAGAAUAUUCAUGAGCAGUUCUGCAGUUUGCAACGAUGUGGAACAGUUCUCUGAGUUCUGGAACUACGAUGGAGAAGCAAGUGAAUCAGAAGACGAUAUAUCUGAUGCUGAUGAUGAGGCUGCAAAGGACGUGAUACAAUCAAGCUUGCAAUCAAAAGCAACAAUGAAUAAAAAGAUUGAGUUGUUGGAACGUGCAGAAGAGAGUUAUUAUCGAAAUAAAGUUCCUGACAGGCAGGUUGCAAAGAUGGAUAAGAACACCAUAUCUGAAACUUUAAGAGAGUCUGGCAAGCAAAGAUUAUUAAAUGCUAUGAAGCAAAACCAGCAGCGAUUUGAUGACUUAAAGAUUGACUUUGAUGCAUCUGCAACGACAUUUGAAAAUGAAUGCUAUAGAAAGUAUGGAAAGAUCGGCAAAUCAUUUUAUAUAUCUCAACUAGCAAGCAGUGUGAGAUGGAUCUCAACAGCUAACUCUGGAGACUUGCUAAUUCGACUGAAUAGUAUGAAGAGUCCUAUGACCAUUGCUGCUACUCCAACGUCGGAUUCUGCACUGCAAGCACAACUGUCGCCAGAAGUGGUGCCCAAAGAUGAAAAGUUGCAUGACUCCAGUUGCAGUGGUUCAGAAACUCAUGUAGGAGGAGGAUCACAGAGCAUUACUCAAGAUACGAAAUUGCCAGCAAUCCCAUCUUUUUCCGACUUUGUGAAUCGUCGAAAAUCAAAUGAUGUAAGUAAUUUGAAAUCCAGAAAGGAAUCAACUGACAGAGAUGAAAAGAAUCUGAAUAAGCGGACCAGAUACAAGUAG